AUGUAUGAGGAUGAUGAAGAUAGCGAGCUAAAUAGAUCUCGGUAUUCAGACUCUUCUCUUUAAUCCUCUAGAAAAAAGAGCUUAGAUAAAUUUGAGAAAUAUUAAUAAAUGUUGAAUUUUUAUGAUUCUUAGCCUUUUCUCAGUCUAGAAACUUAAGUGAUUACAUCUUAAAUUGUUGAUUUGUUAUUCACAAAAGGAGCAAAUAAUUUGUAUGAAAAAUACCUCAUAACAAAAAUGCCUGAUUUUCAGGCUAAGGAAGUAAAUGGAUUGAUGGGUGCAUUAAUUUAAUAGGGAAUGAUGUAUGGAGAUAAAGGUGAAUCGUAGGAAGAAUUAAAAACGUUUUGGAAAGAGGAGAAAGAACCACCAAUUUUAAACUAUGAUUCAAGGUCAAUCUAUGCAGUUAAUGUAGAUUUCAAGUAAAUAAUUAUUGAUGAAACAGAGUAAGAUGAUAGCGAUGCUAAAUCUAUUAUGAGUAAUUCGAGCAAGUUCUCUUUCGCAUCAAGAAAAACAAAUAAAUUAUUGUCUGCUUCACAAAAAAUUAUGACUCUGAGUAAAAUCAACUAAAACAUGAUAGAAUCUACAGUAAAACAAAAAAAGCCUGAAAAGUACUAGCCAGAACUUAUUAGGAUGCCUGAUGAAGCACCACCUGAACCUGAUCCAAUAGCAGAUCGAUUGAGACUCGCUAGAGAAAAGAAGGAUUAUGUGAAAGCCCUAGAGUUGGAAAAACAAAAAAAAUAAAUGCAAGAUGAAUUAGAUUUCGAAAACAAAAAAAAGGAUGCUCAAAGACUACUCAAGCACAAAUAAUUUACUCAUGAUUACAAUGGAAAUAUAAUUUAUCUUAAAAAGGAUAGAGAUUAAGUGCCAAUUCCUAAUAAUAUAAUUAAUUUAGAUGCAAAAACCAAGACGCCAUCAGAAAUAGUGAAAGAGGCUAUCCUUCCAAAUGAAGAUGGUAAAAAGGUUAAAUAAAUGAACUUUCGAUCACAAUAAAAGCCUAAUUUCCUUGAAACUUUAGAGUUUCAUAAUUAGCCUUUGCUUCACCUCACAUUAAAGCCUAAUCCAGGAAACAAAGUUAUGACUAUGCAAGGAUAGAUAAUGGAAGGUGGGUUUUUGAGUAUGUAAAAUAGAAUGAGAAAAGGAGAGUACGAUAAAAUGAUAGAAAGUCUACCAAAUAGACCUGUAGCUAAUUACUUAGGAGGCACUUAAACAUAAUUUAAUUAGCAAAUGAUGGAAGAUUUCAUGAAAAAAGAGGGAAAACAUCCAAGAUUAUCUCUUCAUAGCUCUUCUCAAAUGAGAAUCAUCAAUAAAGAAGCUUUAGAGGAUAUGUUAGAAGACAAAAAGAAAAGGAAAUCAAAUGCAUCAUAAGAAAACGUGAAUGAAGACUCUUUAGAUCAACUAAGACAAUAGCUAAUAGUCAAGGAAAAAGAAAAGCAAGAAAAAGAGAGAAAAAAAAAGGAAAUAUAAAAAUAAAUUAAACUAGAAAAAAUAACAGUUUACCCUUCAAUAGAAAAAACUGUUGAAAAUGGUGAAUAUGCUAUUUAGACAGCCUUGACCUCUCCAAAGACCAAUAAGUAAAAAGAACCUAUAACCCGUCUUCAUUUAGAAAUUGAAAAGUUUGAUUUAUAAAAUAUUAAAGACCCUACAUGGGGUGACCCUAAUCUUGCAAAAUCAUAAAUGUUGAUGAUUUCAUCUGAAAAUCAAAAGCGUGGUAAGGAACCUGUCACUUUCAAAAUUAGGAAAUAGUAGAAACUAGUUAACAGUAAUAAGCAGAUGAAAAUGACUGCAUCAAAGUUUUUUAAUUCAUGA